AUGCUCGUGUCCAAGGCGCUUUCGAGGCUCUUGAGGCAUCAGGCGGAGAAUGCGGGGAUGACGCUUGAUGAGGGUGGGUGGGCCAAGGUUGACGAAGUGCUUGCGUAUGGGCCUAUCCGUUCGCUCAAGGUUACGUUGUCCGACGUACGAUCCGUCAUUGAGAAUUCGGACAAGACGCGGUUCGCUAUCAAGCCCAACCCGGCCACCAAUCCGGCUCUCGACGAGACGUCUACGGACCCGUCGCACUACCUCAUCCGCGCCAACCAGGGACACAGCAUCAAGCUUGACUCUGCCGCGCUUCUCACGCCCAUCACGGCCGCGGCUGGCAACAUUCCCGCGACGGUGUUCCACGGGACGUUCCUUGCCGUGUGGCCCGCCAUCGAGGCGUCCGGCGGCCUGAAGAGAAUGGGUCGGAAUCACGUGCAUUUUGCUACGGCGCUGCCGGAGGAGACAAAGAAGGAAGUCAGCGGCAUGAGAAGAGACGCCGAGGUUUUGGUCUAUGUGGAUGUCGAGGCUGCACUGAAGGCGGGGAUUGCAUGGUGGAUCAGCGACAACGGGGUCGUGCUAACAGAGGGCGCCAAGGAGGGCGUGGUGCCGUCCAAGUUCUUCAAGGAGGUCCGUGAUUCGAGCCGCAGUAGGCAACGCGCUCAUCGGCACGCUGGAAGGCUGUCUGGGUUGUGCUGCGUGUGA